AAGAGAUAUUCCUGACAUUGGGACCACCUAUCAGAUAACGCCAAGAAAUUAGAGACUGGACGUGGAUCUACGUUUAUAAAGUGCGGUCUCUGCUUCAUAAAACGAGGGAUGCAGGCGACUUGCACGCAGAACCUUGUAAGAGACGACAAGCCCGACCGGUGACGGUGGUCACGCGGCAGGGGCUCGGUCAGUCACCGUGCGCACCAGGAGGUCUGCGCGCUCUGUACGGGCGACAUGAACAACACCACCGCCGCCUUCUACCCACCGCGCCGCCAGGUCCCGGACUGGGGGUAUAACGCGCUCGGCUCAUAUGUUCUCUGCAUCGGGUUUUGCAAUCUCAUCGGCAAUACCUUCGUGCUCCUUGUAUCUUAUUACCGGCGCAAGAAGAUCAAACCUCCCGAGGUCUUCACUAUUAACCUAGCGGUCAGUGACCUGCUGUUGUUGCUGUGUGCCUAUCCGUGGAUGGUGGCGUCUAGCUUCUCUCACGGAUGGCAGUUUGGGGACGCAGGAUGCAUCUCAUACGCCUUUUUCAGGUUCAUGUUGGGACUGGUGAACAUCGCCGACAUCACUGUUCUGGCUGUGGUUCGCUACCUGAAGGUCUGCAGAUCCAAGGAAGUGGCGGACAUGUCGUGGACAUCAGCGUUGAUGGUUGUAGCGGGAACCUGGAUGUUCGGAGCCUUUUGGGCGCUGAUGCCGGUGUGUGGCUGGAGCCGAUAUACCCUAGAACCCUUCGAUGUUGCCUGCACCCUGGACUAUAAAACCGCUCAGGAGAGCCAAGAAGGUGCCGCCUUCAUGAUGAUUCUGUUCACCUUCUGCUUCUUCAUUCCUGUCGCCGUCAUCACUUUCUGCUACGUCUGCAUCGUGCGCACCGUGCGCUCCUCGCGGCAGGCCCUGAACUGCAGCAACACGAACGACAAGAAUGGGGUGGAGAAAAAGCUAACAAAGAUUGCCGUGAUGGUGGGUGUGGGUUUCAUCCUUGCCUGGACCCCCUACUCUCUGGUCUCCCUCUACGCCACAUUCGGCGACCUGAAGUCCCUGCCGAUCAUCUACAGCAUCCUGCCCAGCAUGUUCGCCAAGUCCGCCAGCAUCUACAACCCCAUCAUCUACUUCUUCAUGAACGACUCCUUCCGCCGUGAUGUCACCGCUCUCAUCAAGUUAAGCAUCCCCAAGCCGGGCGGUUCGACGAGCUGUUCGCACAGCGCGUGGGAGAAGACACCGACGAGCGGGCGGGGUACCUUCAUGACGUCCCCGCAGCGCAUAAAACUGUCCGAGAUGCGCCCGACUGAGCCUUCGCAGGCUAAGACAACAACCACCACUGCUCUCAUCACCCAGGUUGAAGGGCGCGAGGCCCCAUCCACCUGGGUGUAAAGGAAGACUAUGGAAAAAUUGCAUUGGGUUUGUAUGGGUGUAUAGUGUUCCCCAGGACCGUAUGGGUAUAAAUGUGGUUUAUACUGCGAUUUAAAUGUGUGUCCCAUCUACCUGGGUGUAAAGGUGGACUCUGGUAGGAUUGCAUUGGGUUUAACUGGGUGUAGAGUGAUUCCCCAGCUAGGAGCACAUGGGUAUAAAUGUGGUUUAUACUGCGACUUAAAU